AAGCUUUAUUAAAUUAACAUUUAUGUUUCAGUUUAUUGUUUGUACACAUAUCAAAAGUUGUUUCCGUAAACAUGUUUCUCUGGAACUGUUCACGGGUUGUUAAAAUAAAUGAAGUUCAAAUCUCGCGAGAGAAUCAGCGUUCAAUGGAGCCUGCGCUGGGGCGUCACGGGUGCCCGGAUGUCCCACGGCACCUGAAGGCACCGCAGAGAAGGACAACCUGAGAGCCAUGGAGGACGGAGGAGGGCUGUCGGACCGAGCCGUGUCGGAGGCCUGCAAAGACGGGGAGCCCAUCACCCAGGACUACAUGCUGCAGCAGACGAUGCUGAGAGUCAAAGAUCCCACGAGGUCUCUGGACUUCUACACCCGGAUCCUGGGAAUGACCCUGCUCCAGAAGAUUGACUUCCCCUCGAUGCGCUUCACUCUCUACUUCCUGGGGUUCGAGGACAAGUCGGACAUCCCGGCCGACAUCAAGGAGCGGACGGCGUGGACGUUCUCGCGCCGGGCGACCAUCGAGCUCACGCAUAACUGGGGCUCCGAGUCCGAUGAAAGUCUGUCGUACCACAACGGGAACAACGAGCCGAGAGGCUUCGGACACAUUGGCAUCUCGGUUCCAGACGUUUACGCCGCCUGCAAAGUGUUCGAAGCUCAGGGAGUGAAAUUCAUCAAGAAACCAGAAUCCGGGAGGAUGAAGGACCUGGCCUUCAUCCAGGAUCCUGACGGCUACUGGAUCGAGAUCCUGAGUCCCAACAACAUGGCCGCCCUGCUGGCGCCUUGAGGCAGAGCAACAGGACUUUUAUUUUGUAAAUGACAACUUCAAAAUAAAACAAACAGGAAGUUGUACUUUUAA